CUCUCUCUCUCUCCCCCCUCUCUCCCCCCUCUCUCUCUCUCUUCACUAUAUGUUACAUUUCCAACCCUCUCCUCUUCGCUUUACGCAAGCGGACGUCCACGGCGCGGCGACACAAGUGCGCACUAGAGGCGAGAGCGAAAGCGAGAGGCUCGGCAGGCGGACGGACGGACGGACGGACGGCAGCGGCGGUAGUGGCGGCAGUGGCGGCGGCGGGUACCGGGAGAGACGCGGCGGAGGCAUCGGCGUGUCUUUGUUGGAAAAACGGGAGGUUGGAGACUUGGACGGUGGAUUUGUUUAUUCUCACGGAUUUUUGGAUCGGGGUGCUAGGAUAACUUCGCAUGGGACAAAACCCGCCUUCUUUCAUGUCAUCCACCUAUUUGUUUCACCCGGCGUGUUGACGCCAGUGGAAAAAAAAAAAAAAAAAAAAAAAGGAGAGAAACGGAGGCUGGUGGAUGAGCGCAACUGACAGAUAGAGCGACGUGAAUAUCCACGCGUUUCCGUCCACGAGCUCUACAGGAUAGAUACGAGAGAAAUUAAAUAAAUAAAUAAAUAAAUAAAUAAUAAAAUUGUAAUUCCAGGAGAUUACACAUGAUCCACGCAGACAGCAACGUGGGUCGGUUAUAAACGGAGACCAGGAGAUAUUCGAUUGGAGAUUUUUUUUUUUUUUUUUUGCACCGCAGGGCAAUGUGUUAUUGACGAUCUGCACAGCGUGGAAAGCAUGCACGGACACACAACUUUGUGACACACAGAUGCGUGGAUAUCUUGUGUAAAAAAAAAAAAAAAAAAAAAAAAAAAGUGCGCGCUGUUAAUUCUUCAAUAGAGCUCUAUUUACCUAUGAGGCAUAUGCAUGUGUGUGUGUGUGUGCAUGUGUGUGUGUGUGCAUGCAUAUGUGUGUGUGUGUGUUGCAGUUUCUAUUGAUGUCAGUUAUUUAAAAUAUUAGAAGAAAAAACUAAAACAGAUGAUUGGUAAAUGUAUUUGUAGGCAGGUCUUUGUCUAAUGCGGAUCCCACUGAUAGGCAGAUAGACGCGGAUCUGGUCUCAGUCUGAUCCAAGUGUCACUGGGGGGUGUGUGUGUGUUUAGAUCUGGUAUAUCUACUGUUUACUUAUGUGUCAAAGCAGCAGAGGACAGUAGAGAGAGAGGACACUGUCAAAAACACUGCGGACUCUCUGUGAAUUUACUCCAAAAUAGACCUCUAGAAAAAGUUUCCAUGGUGUUCCGGAAGUUGCCCGGUGUCUCAGCAUCGGGCAUGGGUCUGCGCCUGUCCCAGAAAUUCGUCUUUUUGCUUUUUCUCUCCGGUUUGGUCACAUUAUGUUUUGGGGCUCUUUUUUUCUUACCAGACUCGGUCCGAAUAAAGCGCAUUUUUUUGUUCAAGACCGAGACCCAGCCGGUUACAGUAGGAUCCGGCUCCGAGAAUGACGCAAGGGAACACUUGAAAAGACCCAAAGAAGGGGUGAGCUCUGCCAAAGGGGAGACCAGUACCAAGUUGAAACCCCUGAGCCGCAGACCCUCCGUGUCUCAUGAGGGGACCGAGGAAAGGCUGGCAGGAGGAAAGGCGCAAGAGGAUCUGACCCUAGCCAGGUCCAGAACCGAGUCCGCCACCUCUUCGGACCAGGGUGCGCAAUCGGAUACUUUCACUUAUAAGAAGUUCAAGAGGUGUCUGCUUAAAGCGCCCCUGGGGAGGGAUAACGGCAAACCCAGCGACCCCCAGACCAACGAGCGGAGGGAGAAAGUCAAAGAGAUGAUGAAGUUUGCCUGGGACAACUACAAACGCUACGCCUGGGGCAAGAACGAGCUGCGGCCUUUGACGAGGAACGGCCAUAUUGGCAACAUGUUUGGUGGUCUGAGGGGAGCGUCUAUCAUCGACUCUCUGGAUACACUGUACGUCAUGGGACUGAUGGAUGAAUACAACGAAGCCAAGGAGUGGGUGCAAACCAGCCUGGACCUAAACUCGAACGGCGAGGCAUCACUCUUUGAGGUGAACAUCCGUUAUGUCGGAGGGCUGCUGUCGGCGUACUACCUGACAGGAGAGGAGUUGUUCAAGAAUAAAGUAGUGGAACUGGGAGAGAAGCUGCUGCCGGCUUUCAACACGCCGACGGGGAUCCCCCGAGGAGUCAUCAACCUGGGGAGCAGUGGGACCAGUUGGAGCUGGGGCUGGGCCUCAGCUGGGAGCAGCAUCCUGGCUGAGUUUGGGACCCUGCAUCUGGAGUUUGUCCAUCUGACCCAGCUCUCCAACAACCCCAUCUACACCGAGAAGGUGAUGAACAUCAGGAAACUGCUGAACAAGAUUGAGAAACCUCACGGCCUAUAUCCAAACUUCCUCAGUCCAGUCAGCGGGAACUGGGUCCAACAUCACGUUUCCAUCGGUGGCCUCGGGGAUAGUUUCUACGAGUAUCUGAUCAAAUCCUAUCUGAUGUCAGACAAGACGGACGAAGACGCCAAGACGACGUACUACAAUGCGCUCGAGGCUAUCGAGGCUAACCUGGUCCAGAAGUCCCCCGGAGGCCUCACCUACAUGGCCGAGUGGAGGGGCGGGAUCCUGGAUCACAAGAUGGGCCACCUGGCCUGCUUCUCUGGGGGGAUGAUUGGCAUCGGAGCUGACGAUGGAGCUCCUGAGAAGAGGCAGCACUACCUGGACCUGGCUGCUGAAAUCACACACACAUGCCACGAGAGCUACACACGUUCAGCCACCAAACUGGGACCCGAAGCGUUCAGAUUCGACAGCGGAGCCGAAGCCACGGCGACCAGACUGAGCGACAGAUACUACAUCCUACGACCAGAAGUGAUCGAGAGCUACAUGUACAUGUGGAGACUGACACAUGACCCCAAGUAUCGAGAGUGGGGCUGGGAGGCGGUGGAGGCCCUGGAGCAGCACUGCAGAGUGGAUUCUGGUUUCUCUGGGAUCAGGGAUGUUUACACCACAACAGUCAGCCACGACAACAUGCAGCAGAGCUUCUUCCUCUCAGAGACGCUGAAGUAUCUGUACCUGCUCUUCUCUGAUGACGACCUCCUCCCUCUGGAAGACUGGGUGUUCAACACAGAAGCCCACCCGCUGCCCAUCAUCCGCACCAACUGCCUGCAGAACGAAGCCACACAGGACAAGACCCUCUGAAUCCGAACCCGACACUGAGACAGUCGCACAGUCACACAAAUAUCGCAAAGCAACACAGAGUCAAUGCAGGUCAAGAGUCUUUUCAGGAGCGUGUCACGGACUCUCGAUUCCUUUCCAGUAAAGGAUGUUGUCGUCUUACGCUGUGAUUGUAUAUCCUUUGGCCGGGGGGAGGGCUUGAGGGGAGGGGGGGGGGGGGUUACUUCCUGCUGGCACUUCUUUUUUGUGGACAAUCAAGACAAACAUGACUUUCAUGAAAAGAGCACCUUUUUUCUUUCCUUCUUUCCUCUGUGAGGAAACCAGUAUGACUUGCAGACCCAAAUGUACGGGAGGAGGGUUCGACUAUGGGCCAUAUUGUUAGAGAGAAACAUCUAGAAAACCACUUGAGUUUUGCUCUUUGAUUUUAAUGUUUUGUUAAUCUUGAGUGAUGAAUGAUUUCCUUAGAUCUCGUCAUGGCAUUUCUUUCCUUUGUGAGUUCACUCUUUGACCAAAGGUUUGUUUGCAUUUCUAUUUCCCUCUUUUUCACUAAUGUGUUUUGGUAAGAUGUGACCGAUAGUAAAAAUGGCAGAAUUUACCUAAGGGACUGAAUUGUAAUGAUUAUUAUUAAUGUAUAAACUAAAUGAAAUGUGAUUCCCGAAUCCACCUCCAAACUAAUGCUGAUGUCAUGUUUCUCGCUGAAACAAGCUUGAAUGAAUUUUUUUAAAGUUCGGAGGUGUCAGGAAAGUGGCAGUGUCUUAUGCAUCCAGGGACCUUUUUUUUUUUUUUUUUGUUUAACGAUAUUGGGUUAUAUUUCCUCUGUACGUCUGGAUUACUUUAUUUUCCAACAGGACAAUGCUUUCUCAACCUGCUCAGCCUUUCAGAUCCAAGUAUCAAAGGGGAGUUGUGUCAGCUCUGCGACCGUAAUCCAACCAUAUGAAAAAGAACGUGUAAUGAAAGAACCUUUUUUUUUUUUUUUGCUAGCCGCCUCCAAAUGGGUUUUCCUAUCUCUGUUGUAGUUUCUCCGGUUCACCCUGCCUUUACAUGUGAAUCCAUAUGGCUGCCAAUACUGAUGUUAAGAGCCGACUGAGGAGAAAGCGUUUUCACAUUCAUCACCGUUCUUUUAGUCACUGCUGUCCUGCACAGUUGUGGAGCGAAUGUGCUGUACAUACAGAUGAAGUGAUUGACCCCUGUAUGAGCUUGUCUUGACUUCAUUUAGCGGUUUAAUUCUCUUGUUUUUUUGUUUUUUUUUUCUUUCUUUUUUCUUUAUUUUAUAAAAUUCAGUGGUUAUUUUUUCUGGGUUCUUUUAUGAUUUGCUCCCCUCAGGUGUUUUCUGUAAAAAAAAAAAAAAAAACAAAAGCAAAAAAAACAACAAAAAAAAAACCUAAAAGUUCUGAUUUUAAGUCUAGUUAUU